AUGGCAAGAGAAACAAUUCGGGAACCGCAUGCAGAGAAGAUCUCUCUUGAUUGCCAACUUGCUCAAGAAAAAGAAGACGCUUCUCGAUUUACCAUCCAACAAUUCAAGGACAGUGAUGAAGACGUUAUGUUUUAUACCGGCCUUCCAAAUUACGAACACUUUGUUGACUUGCUUCUUUACAUCAACCCCAGGGAUGGUGGCUGCAACGUUUUACGUGCAGAGAGCAGCAGCGGAACAGGAUCAUUGAAGGGGCGUAAACGAAAGCUGAGCACCGAAAACGAACUAUUUCUAGUUCUUGUUCGGCUACGCCUUGGUCUACUUGAGGCACAUUUAGCUCAUAGAUUUUUUAUCGCACAAUCGACAGUCUCAAGAAUUUGCAAAUCGUGGAUGAACUUUCUGUAUGCCAAACUAAACGUGUUGCCUCUGUGGGCGCCUUGGGAAACAGUUGAUGCGACCAUGCCACCAGAGUUUGCUGAAAACUAUGCGUCGACACGAGCAAUUUUGGAUGCCACUGAAAUUCAGUGUGAGGUGCCCUCUUCUUUGUCUCUCCAGUCAUGUACCUAUUCGUCAUACAAGUCCACAAACACAUUCAAGGGCCUUAUUGGUGUCUCUCCGAACGGGCUUGUAGCUUUUGUUUCAGAGCUUUUUACAGGCCGAAGUUCAGACAGAGAGUGUGUUAUAAGCAGUGGAUUUCUAGACUUAGAGUUUGAUGCUGGUGAUGCUGUAAUGGCGGAUAAAGGGUUUCGCAUCCACGACCUUUUGGAAAAAAGAGAUGUGAAGCUGAACUUGUCCCCAUUUUUGAAGGGCCGCAUAUUCUCGCCCAGUCAAGUCGAAGAAACCAAAGAGAUUGCCUCACUGCGAAUACAUGUGGAGCGAAGGAUACAAAAGAUAAAGGCGUAUCACAUUUUUGAUCGGCCCAUACCUGUUACCUUGGCUCCACUGAUUAACCAGAUUUGA